AUGAGCAGCAGCUAUUAUUUUGCCAUCGUCGGUCACAACGAUAAUCCCAUAUUUGAGACGGAAUUCGUCACAGUAAACAAGGAAGCCAAGAAAGAGGAUCAUCGGCACCUUAACCAAUUCAUCGCACAUGCUGCCCUGGAUCUGAUCGACGAGCACAAAUGGAAAACAAAUAACACGUACCUGAAGUCGAUCGACAAAUUCAACCAGUGGUUCGUGUCCGGGUUUGUCACCGCGAGUCAUCUACGCUUUGUGAUGGUACACGACAACCGGAACGAUGACGGUAUCAAGAACUUCUUCAACGAGAUGUACGAAACGUACAUUAAAUACCUGAUGAAUCCGUUCUACAUGCCCAACACGCCGAUAAAAUCACUGGCGUUCGAGAAGAAAGCACAACUGUACGGUAAAAAGUUCCUUGGAACGUAA